AUGCAAUUCCGUUGGCCUUAUCCGUUGUCGCCCGGCACAGGCGCCUGGGGUGCACCCAAUUCGAAUCACAACUUUUGUGAAGAAGACUACACCAUCACGCCUUACAUCGGUGAAUUCGUCAACACAAUCACGAAUUCCAUUUAUGUCAUCUACGGUGUCCACGGUCUCCGCAGGGUACAACCGCGCAAAGAUGGAGGGCUCUGGUCUACUCUAGCUUUUCCGUACUGGGGUCUUAUCGGUGUUGGACUGCUUUCGAUGUGGUUUCAUGCCACGCUCAAGUAUCACAGCCAGAUGGGUGACGACCUUUCCAUGUUCCUCGCUGUCGGUGCAUUGCUCCACCAGCUGCUCUGCUUUGAGUCCACGCCCGCUCAACGAAGGAACUAUACUCUCGCCAUUCUUGGCGUGUUGAUCCCCGUCUCGACCUACCAUGUUGUGGCCGAUGAAAUCUACGUGCACGAGAUUGUCUUCGCAAUCAUGGUCAUCAUGGUAGUAAGAAAGACGCGAAAGCUGAUCCGCGAAAGAGUCAAAAACGAAGAACAUAAGAAGCGCAUGGGACAGUUGGCAUCAUUUGGUAUCGCGAACUUUCUUUUUGGCUACUUCCUCUGGAGCAUCGAUUUUCACCUCUGCAGUUACGUCACCAAAGUCAAGCACUACGUUGGACUUCCUUGGGGCUUCCUUUUCGAGCUGCAUGGCUGGUGGCAUAUAUUCACAGGCAUUGGCGCUUAUAUUGGCAUGGCUCUGACAGAGUACCUCGUUACCAUUGUAGAAGGCCAGACGGACCGUGUUGAAGAAGGGUUCGUCUGGCCUGUGAAGGCCGUCCUGAGGGACCUUGAUGGGGCUGGAAGUGUCAAGAAAGAUCGGUAGUAGUUGUUAGGGGCCCAUUUUGGAGCCCAUCGAAUUCCUCUAGAGCACAGCCAUUUCCCCAUGAUUUUCACAGCGGAUCCAGGGUUUGGGUCCACUGCAGCGUUCGAGAUCGGGUUUGAAGCAUGCCCGCUAAGCACACUCGAGCAUGUGAGACGAAUCAACCUUUGAAA